CAGAUUUUUGUUUAUUAAAGAACACAUCAUAAGUUUUAUGUCAUCAGUUACCUUUAAUGUAAUGUCCAUGAGACAAGUUAGUUAUCACUUGCAUCAUAGCUAUAACUAUAUUUUGUAUAAAUAAAUUUAUACCAGGUCAGGGCAAUGUGAAAAUAUGAAAUUGAUAUUGAGAUCAAUUGAUAUUGUGAUAAAUUGUCACAAUUUUUUAAUGUGUUCUAGAUAUCUUACAGGUUAUUUGUACAAGUAAGGAACUAAAAAAAAUCGACUGUUGCACCUUUAAAGUGUUGUGAUAUUUCUGUCAUAUCGCCCACAUACACUGUGGUUUGAUAUUCAGUGCUCCUUUCUCGGAUGUCUUUUCCUCACACCGGCGCUUGUUUACAGAGCUGUGUGUCUCUGCGUUUUACCUCGGCAUGCCAUGCUUCGUGCUCCGAGAGUAGAGCUGAGUCCAGGUGAACACGAGCUUCGGUCGCUAACUGCCUGUGGCUAACCGCUACCACGUAAUUCUGUUAAUACCAGCGGAUUAUUUUUGGGUUUGUCACUUGGAUUUAAAGGCAAGCAGCAUCCUGCUCAUACUUGUGGUUGUGGUUGUACUUGUGGUGGUGUUUAUGGUGGCAGUUGUGUACAGGGUUGAGAUUGUGGAUGUCAUUGUUCUCAGGAAAUAAAAUCUUAAGACUCUGAGUCAUUGAUUGAGUUAUGAAUCGUCGUCUUUCUGACUUUUGGCAGCAUUAAUGCAUCACUACAGAGAGAUUUCGGCUCCUUCAUGGUGUUGAAUUCAAUUCACUCCGUAUAAAACGUGUUUUCCGUGAUUAAAUCGUUUCAGGGAAAUUAGAUUAGAGUGUGCAGAUUGAAUAAAGUGUGGUGAUUGGGAAAACUGAAGCUGUUUUCUCACAUUGUUUUGAGAAACAGGAAGCAAAAAAAGAAUGUUGUUGUGUUUUUUGUUUUGUUUUUUUUUAAUUAAGAGCUUUCUGAAUUUUAAAACACUCCAUUAGCAUUCAUGACUUGUGUAUAAAAACAAAAAAGCUGCCAUUUGUUCACACUUUUCUGCCACUAGCACUUGAGCUGUUUGUCUCGCCAGGGAGACGUCACUGUAACAGGGAAUUAAAUGCAGGUAGGAACUGAGGUUGUGAGUAGGGAAAUGAAGAAAUGUUGUAGUACACGCAUACGAUUUGUCCGAGGAAUCAUUCGAACCAUCAUUUGUACCUAAUUUGCAUAAUUGACUGUCGCUUUGUUGCUUGCUGCUGUCGCUGAAAUUGUGGCUCUGUGACGCACAAGUACGUAGAAAACAAACGUCAGGUGUCACUUUAUCACUCUCUCAGGGUUAGUGAUACACUUUCUUAUAAAUUAACUAGAGCACGUCAGUGAGGAUGCAAACCUUCGAGCCUGCUAGUAAGAUAACUGCUGACUCCGUAGCUGGAAUACCUAAGCUGUAACACCUUUGCAAUCAGAUAACACCUUUACACGUACACUGAUUUCUGUAAAACAGAGGCACAGUUUUGAUUUGUUUUCACCCAGAAGCUAAGGGGGGGAUGCAAACUUUUGCACAUUUGUUGGAUUUGUUGUUCAGUUGCAGUGGUGGUGUAACAGUGUGGAGGUGUGUGUGUGUGUAAGAGUGUGUAUUGCUCAGGUGUGUCCCUAGGCAUGUUUAUGCAGAGCUGAACUUAUCGUAUUCUCUCCGCAGAUUGAUGAUGAUGAUAUUGAAGCAUUUCCGUUGCUGCCUCUUGCUCUGUUUGUUCAGCCUGCGUUUGACCUCCCUGUUAUUCAUUCAGGCAAAUGAACUGAACAGAUUACUGCGCUUAAUGGCUUUGUGCGCGUGUGUGUGUGUGUGUGCGUGUGUGAGAGAGAGAGAGAGACAGAGCUGAGGUUCAUGUUUGUGAAUAAUGAUAUUGUGUUUAAUCUGACUGGGUGAGAGAGUGUGUGAAUAGGAGAGAGGACAAGAAAUGUAAACAGAAGAUACGCGGAGCAAGCGGACGAAAGUUGCUUCUGAGGACAAGACAAAACUCUGGGCAAUCCUGGGCCGAUCGGAAACGCGGGAGUGCAUGUUCUACAACUCCAACUGGGAGAAAGACCGGACGAACCGCAGUGGAAUCGAGCCGUGUACUGGAGAGAAAGACAAGCGCCGACACUGCUUCUCCACGUGGAAAAACAGCACGGGAACCAUCGAGCUCGUCAAACAGGGCUGCUGGCUCGACGAUGUCAACUGCUACGACAGUAGCGAGUGUGUGGAGAGGAAAGACAGCCCAGAAGUGUUUUUCUGCUGCUGUGAGGGCAACAUGUGCAACGAGAAGAUUUAUUACAGCCCCGAUACCCAAACUAUACAGACCACGUCGAACCCGCUGACGCCGAAGCCGGAGCUGUUCAACACACUGCUGUACUCUCUGGUGCCAAUCAUGGGCAUUGCUGCCAUCCUGCUCUUCUCCUUCUGGAUGUACCACCACCACAAGCUGGCAUACCCGCCUGUGCUCGUCCCCACACAGCACGCCUUUCAUAUAAUGAUAGAGGACCCUGGGUUGACUCCGCCCUCGCCGCUCCUGGGCCAGAAGCCGCUGCAGUUGCUGGAGAUCAAGGCCAGGGGGCGCUUUGGCUGCGUGUGGAAGGCACAGCUGCUCAACGAACAUGUGGCUGUGAAGAUCUUCCCCAUCCAGAAUAAGCAGUCCUGGCAGAAUGAGUAUGAGAUGUACAGCUUGAGUGGGAUGAAACACGAGAACAUCCUCAGCUUCAUCGGAGCUGAGAAGAGAGGAAACGGCAUGGACAUCGAGCUCUGGCUUAUUACAGCUUACCACGAGAAGGGCUCGCUGACUGAUUACCUGAAGGCUAAUGUGGUGUCGUGGAAUGAGCUGUGUCACAUAGCUCAGACUUUUGCACGAGGUUUGGCGUACCUGCACGAGGACAUCCCGGGCCUGAAGGACGGCCAUAAGCCUGUCGUUGCACACAGGGAUAUUAAGAGUAAGAACAUACUGUUGAAAAACAAUCUCACCGUCUGCAUUGCUGAUUUUGGCCUCGCUCUCAAGUUUGAGGCGGGAAAAUCUGCAGGUGACACACACGGACAGGUGGGUACUCGGCGCUACAUGGCUCCAGAGGUGUUGGAAGGAGCCAUAAAUUUCCAGAGAGACGCCUUCCUGAGGAUUGAUAUGUACGCUGCAGGACUGGUGCUGUGGGAACUGGCGUCCCGCUGCACUGCUGCCGACGGUCCAGUGGAUGAGUAUGCGUUGCCAUUUGAGGAGGAGGUGGGUCAGCAUCCUUCAUUAGAGGACAUGCAGGAAGUCGUCGUACACAAGAAACUCAGACCCACUUUAAGAGAAUACUGGCAGAAACAUGCGGGCCUGGCCACUCUGUGCGAGACCAUAGAGGAGUGCUGGGAUCAUGAAGCCGAGGCUCGCCUCUCGGCCGGCUGUGUGGAGGAGCGAAUCAUCACUAUGCAGCGACAGACCAACCUCAUCGCCCCCGACGACAUCCUCACCGUCGUCACCAUGGUGACCAACCUGGACUACCCGCCCAAAGAGUCCAGCCUAUGAUCCAACACCUCAUCAGCCAAUCAGACUGCAAGGGCGGGAUGAGGUGGAGCUCGAGGUGCUACAAGCAUCUCCGGCUCCGGGUGCAAGUGCGUAGGGACACACAAGUGUGUGAGACAGUUUAAUCCUUACAGACUCCUGGAGGGAAAGAAAAAGACGUGAACACUGAUCACACACGAACACACAUAUAAAGGACCUUCAGAUGGGAGGCUCAAGAAAGGAAGUCACCGUUUGCACCAAAAGUGUUCUUUUUCCACAAGCGGAAAACUUCCUGAUUUUUUUUUUUUUAAACAAGAGUGAAGACUUUUAACAAAAAAAAAAAAUACAGUUUGGUUUUAGUAUGAAAAGGGCAACACUCAGAAACUGCGAUUGCUUUUUUUCCUUCUCCUGCGAGUUCUUAUGAAUCUUUAUUGUAAUGCCAAUAAGAAAGCGCUUCUGAAUGUCCAGUACUACUGCGCGCACACACACACACACACACACACACACACACACACACACACACAAACGCAAACAGUAAACAUGUCAUACACACGAGUCUCGGGGCACCUCACCUUGUGUUCCCAACGUUUAAUUUUCUAUGCAAGUGACAUUUGAAUUGAGAUUUUCUCCAAUUUAUGCAAAUUAGGUAAAGCAACAAAUGAAAAUGAUUGGCUCUCAUGAAUUUCCCAGGCCUAUAGUGUGAGUCGGAGUAGAGAAUUGGGAAUGGACAUUUUGUUUUUGGGCACUUAAAGGUACACGCUGAGCUAUUUUACCCAUAAUUAGUUGAAGCUAAAUGUUUUGAAAUUCAAACUUCAACUAAAUACACUUUCUCUCCAAAGCCACACCCCAAGCUCACAUGUUCCGGUUCUGAUGCAUUCUGGGAAUCUAAACAUCCAAAUACUAACUAUGACCCAUAUUUGAAUAUCUAAGUUUCAGUUCAUCAGGUGACUUGGCACUUCGUAGCAUUUCACUAGACCACCACACACACACACACACACACACACACACACACACAGCAUUUCUGCCUUUCCAUAUUGGCUUUAUUUCUUUGUCUGCUGCAUUCAAAGCUUUUUUUGUGGGGGUUUUUUCCCUUUUCUUUUUUUCGUGAGAUAUCUGAGUGCGCAGCUCGGGUUGUGAAGGGUAAACCGGGGUGGAUUGUGGGUAAAAUCUGUGCCGUAGUCUUUUAAAGUCUCAAGGACGAAGUGAUGGAGUCACUUUGCAAUGUGUCGCUAGUUUUAGAGGGCUGCUGAAGAGAUUACACUAUUUUUAUUUGAUUUUCUCUUCCAUCAUCCCUGGUUUCAAAAGCUAACAUUAAUUUCUCUCUCGCUCACUUACACACACACAUGCACACAGCUCAGCUGCUCCGGUUUUCGUGAUGCACCUCAGGUAACCUCUUGGUAUUUCGCCUUCUCUCUCCUCUGUUCAUUCUGGUGCCAUUGAAACAAUAAUCUGGCUCUCUUUUGAUUUAUUAUUCAUCUUCUACACACGGGGGUUGUGCGUAUUUCUUAUGACACUAAACCUUUCGUUCUCUCUCUCUCUCUCUCUCUCCAUAUAGAAACACUACAUCAGUAUUCAGGGAUUCAGCACUAUGCGUUUGUAAAAUUACAUCUCUUAUGCAAUCCUGCCAGGUGCAACAGCAACUUCUGUAACUGUAGCAUUUUUUUUUUUUUUAAACUCGAGCUGCUUUUCGGUUAUUUAUUUUCACGCUACAGUGGGUGCCAAUACUUUAAAACAUAUACUAAAUACAUACAGAACUGAUCUCCACAUGAUGAUAAACACGCAGAAACACUGAACCAGGCUCUCGUGCACGCACACACACACACACACACACACACACACACACACACUACUGUUUCUCAUCACACUAUGUACGGUAUUGCAGAGGAAAGGGGUGCUUUAGUGCUAUUGUGUGUGUGUGUGUGUGUGUGUGUGUGUGUGAUUUUGUAACCAUUUUGAGGAGCAACAGGAGUGUAUAGAUGUUAUUGUGCUGUGAAAUUACAGAAAACACACAUUAGCUGCGCAGGCUGCUCAUCAGUGGGGAGGGUGUGUGUUUUAUUAGUAGGGGCGGAGUUAAGCUCUAAGUGUGUAACACUUUCAUCUUCAGCCAAGCCUGCUCGUUUUUCAUGACCGUGGCCGAGCCGCGCGAGCGUCGCAGGCCUCCUGAAGCUGCACAUAGCUGUAAAUACAGUGUGAAUGUCGUAUGUUGUAGAGUACCAGUAUAGCAUGAAGUUGUUUUAUUUUCAAAGUUAAUCACGAGGCAAAAAAUAGUCCUUUUUAAAAAAUACAAAAUAAAAAAAAAAGUGCCUAUUCAAUAGUGAGAUGUUACAGUUUUAUAUAUAACUAGAUUUGGGUCGUAUUAAUUUAUGUCAAGCCCCGAAAAUGUCACUUAAAACCCCGCUGUGAAUCAUGGGGUUUACUUUGUUUAUACUUUGUGUUUUGCUAUCUAUAUAUGUAUAUAUAUGUGUGUGUGUAUAUAUAUAUAUAUAUAUAUAUAUAUAUAUAUAUAUAUAUAUAUAUAUAUAUAUAUAUAUAUAUAUAAUUUUCUCAACUCAAAUGAAAUCGCAUUGAAAGGUCGUGCUUUGCAAACUGAACUGAACAUGUGGAUUACAUCCAAAACAGCUCUACUAGAAAGGACAUGAGCUAAUAUGUUACUCUGUGUAGUGCACUAGGGUUGCACAAUAUGGACAGAAUCUUAAUAUUAAAACUAAACAGCCUAGGGUAGGCAUUUAAAGGUGCAGUUUGUAAUGUUUUAAAGUGUUUCUAGAUGUGAAAUAAUCAUUUCGGUUUUUAUUUUCUAGUUGGAGCUCAGAAAUUCUAGGCAUUAUCUCUGCCUCCAGUGAGCUCUGAGCUGUUCAGCUCUGCCCUUUUCAUUUUUCUCAAAAUGUAACCCACAAGGAAUGUGUGGUUCAGAGGCACCAACAUCUCUAACAAGAAACUUCCUCAGUAAAUCAGGCAAAGAGAAAUUUUACCACAAAAACAAGAUGUGCAGCAAGCAGCAGUAAGAAAACAGCAAUGUGAAAAUCCAACUCCUAUUUUUUUUUUUACCAGCCAAAGAGACCACAGCCCCACCUUAUGUUUUUUUAUUGGCUCACAAGGCCAGUGCUCAUGAAUUCACAAGUUCACCUAGAUAACGUGAAGCAGCACUACCAGACGCAAAUUCAUCUUUCACAUCCCUCCUUCUUUCCCCUUCAGUGAAUUGGCUUUUCUACCAAGCAGAAAAGCACAGUAUUGCUGUAGCACUCUGUGUGGUUUCAGAGGAAGAGGUGGGGUCAGUUGGGGAAAAAGGGGAAGGCUUGUUGAUGUUUUCAUUGCAAUUGUAAUUGACCUUCCGGGCAGCAGAGGGCUCUAAAAUGACAAACUGCUCCUUUAACUUGACCACUUCUAACAAAACGCCCACAGAACAUUUCUGUGUUCAGAAUGCUCACCAGACACAACAUAGUUUGUGGUUCUAGAGCUUAUAUGCAUUUUGCAGUAAUGAUUAAAAAAACAGUAUAUUGUGCAGCCCUAUAUUGCAGGAUAUGUUUUUGGAUUAUCUCCGUGCUCCAUCCAUGUGAUCCAGGCUCAUGUGAGGAAUAGGUGAAGAAAGCAACAAAUCUGAUCCUGGGUUAAAGUUGUUUGAGAUCAGAUUGUGAGCUUUGCCAUGAGAUUAGCCAGCAGUGUUUUUAUUUUCUAAACCCAAACGCAUUACCUCUGUGACGGAGCCCGGCUCUCUCUGUCUGUCUCGUUCUCUCGCUGUCUCUCUCUCUCUCUGUCGCACUGCAGAGUCUCAGCUUCUGAUCUGGGAACAGGCCUUGAAGGAGUGCUUGUUAAAUACUGUACAGCUGAAAUGUAUGCUCUUCCCUUCAAUAAAGUGACUGCUCUGUUCGA